CUCCGGAACGUUUCCUGAAUCCGCCCUAUAAAUACAAGUCCAAUCAUGUCAGUCCUUUUCAGUUGAAAAUCGAAAGUCCUUUAGUUAUGUUCCGUAAAACUAGUUGACGCAGUUCACACAUAAACAGUUCACGUCUUUGCAAAUCAGUGAGAAUUGUCGUGGCUGUCUUACUAGUGACGUUCAUCUGAUGUGAAAAUCAGUCGGCAAUUCAAUUAUCCGAAAAUGAAGGCGGCUGCUAUCAGAACUGUCUCCGCUAUUUGCAUCAUCCUGGGAAUCUUCUCCAUCGUAACUCAAGGCGCUUCUUUGGUUAAGAGGUCCUUUGUUUUUUACGAUGCAAUAUGUCACGGAAUAUGGGCCGGAGCGCUCUACAUCUUGGCCGGAAGCUUAGGCAUUACAGCCGCCCGUAAACGGACUAGAUCGCUGUUGAUAGCCACAAUGGUUGUAUCAAUUCUUUCCAUUGCUGCUUCCAUCGUUGCCGCCGUGUUAUCCGGUUUCCCCGCAUUGAUGGAGUACUUUACGUUCUGCAACCACAAAUCCAAGCGAAGAUGUCAUCCAACUAUUUUGCUGGUCUUUCAAUGGGCGUUGAUGGCUGUCAGCAUUCUCGCUUUCGUAUGCGUCACAACGUUAGCCGCUUUGACUUCCAAGGCCGUGUGUUGCAAUAAACGCAAAAAUAUGAACAAGGAUUCAAACACCGUACCUUACGUCGAUAUCGCAACGGUCACGCAGACGAUCGAAGUUUCACCUAAAACAGAAGAAAUUAUCGAGAAAAAACCUAAACGAAUCGCCGAGGUAUUAGCGCAGAAAUCAAGCCCUUAUGCUAAUCAGAGAGGCGUACCCAAUGUCUACCUGUUAUCGGCCAAAGAAAUCUUAUCCAACGACGAUUUCCGUUGGUUUAACAUCGGCCGUCCGGAUGCUGCUUCGCCAUCGGAAGAUCACCGCGAUCACAAGGUGAUCAUUCUGAUGGGCGCUACCGGAUGCGGAAAGAGCACGUUGAUAGACGGCAUGAUCAAUUACAUUUUGGGCGUUCGUUGGAAAGAUCCGUUCCGCUUUAAAUGCGUGCGCGAUGACACGUCGAUUAUAACCAAUCACGCGCGAACGAACACCGUCACGGCCUACACGCUGCGUCAUCAAGAGGGCAUGAAUGUUCCGUUCUCGAUCACGAUCAUCGACACACCCGGAUACGGGGACACGAAAGGCGUCAAGAGAGAUAAGCAAAUCACGCGCAACAUUCAGCAGUUUCUGACGCAACACAAGACGCGGGUGGAUCAAAUUCACGCCGCUUGUUUCGUGGCCGCUUCGGGAGACAGUCGAUUAACAGCCACUCAACGUUACGCUAUCGAUUCGAUUUUCUCGAUAUUUGGUAAAGAUAUGAAAGAGAACAUCCGACUGUUGGUCACGUUCGCCGAUAAUUCGCAACCGGCCGUCGUCGAGGCUUGCGCUGCUGCCAAUUUUCCGGUGACGUUCCCAUCGGCGGGAAUCACGUACAGCAAAUUCAACAGUUCCGUCCUCUACGCGGAUAACACGCAACCGGAAGACGAAGAUUUCUCUUUCGACGAACGAUUUUGGGACAUGUCUCAAGAAAAUUAUUACAAAUUUUUCACCAUGCUGGCCGGAAUGAACGGCCACGGUCGCAAAUCCGCUCCGGAAGUGUUUCAGAGCCGCCAGUUGCUGGAACAUUCGCUCGAGGAUAUGAAGCGUGAGUUGGCUGAUUGCCUGGUCAAUAUAGAAAACAUGGAAAUGUUCCGUAGACAAAUGCGAGAGUACGGCCACAAAAUGGAUCAGUUUAAUGAUCAAGUGCAGAUUAGUCUGAUGCGAAGCCGUGCAGUGGAAGAGCAGCAAUGAAUUCCUAUUAAAAUGAAUUUCUCGAAAUUAAGUGUAGUUUAACACUGGCUUGAUUGUUCUCUAACGAAUAAUCGGAAUGCGUUAAGAUCUAUCUGAAAUUGAAUAUAUAUAUACUUGCAUUGCAUAUAGAUAGCUGGCUAGUUACGUUUAACGUGUCAUGUCUUAAUUACUAACAGAAUUUCACAGGAUUGGAUUAUUCCUUUUCAAACCUCGCUGCCUUUUUGAUAAGAGGAUUCGUCAUCAUCACCUCAUUUUAAUGUUUUAUUUCGUGUGCGUCUACUAUAUACCAGAAUCAAUGGCACCGAUGCAAAAGAAUGGAUCUAUUUUGUUUGUUCUAAUUCAAAUGUAUUACGAAGGAAGAUAAUGUCGUAGAUUCAAAUACAGGUAAAUCCACCGUG